UAGAAUGGUGAAUGCAGCAAUUGGAUUGGUUGCAAUGGGUUACUGCCCAUAGACACUUUUGCCCAGUGUUGACAAAUUACCCCAAAGUCUUAUUCCUCCUCUACAGUCAUUUAUUCAUGGCUUCACAAGCAGGCUUAGCAUGACCAGUGCCCAGCUUUUUGUACCAUGGGAAUUUAUACUUACGAGUGGAAGAUUUUGUAUUUCUAUAGCACAAACUGUCUGCCAUGGCUGAAGAGCAAAUGAAGAUGAUUGACAACUUAGAGUGCAAUGGAUCUGUGUCUGGACAGGACAUUUGGGCAGAGAUUUGUCCGUGCCCGGAUGGUGCCCAACCUUUACAUGUCACAGAGGCUUUUUCUGACUCUUUCCUGGGCAGUUCUCCUGUGAGAGAUACAGAUAGGGAGUUCCAGGAUUGUGAUUCUCCUGAGAUUGAAACUGAUGCCCUUCACAGUAACCAGAAGCCUUGGGCCCCAUUACAAGACUCUGAUGUUUAUCUUGCUUCCCUAGAACGAAAGCUGCAGAAGAUUAAAGGCCACUCCCGAGAAGUUACCUCCAAAGAAAUGCUGCACUCUCUUGGACAGGCUAAGAAAGAAUCAUGGGACAGGUUCUUGCAGGAGAAUCUGGAAACUGAAGCAUACAUGGAAGACUGUGAAGUGGAUUCCAGCUCUCUGGAACAUCUGAGAAGGUGGCUGCAGCCAGAGAAGGUUGCCAUAAACUCAGAGGAGGUGCAGCACCUUAUUCCAGCAGAAUCCCUAACAGAGAAAGCAGAAAAUGAGCAGGAUUCUACGUCUGCAGAACAAUAAGAUCCUCCAAGCCAAAGAGUGGUUUGUAGCACAGUUUCUAGGACCAGCCCAUCAUAAGUGGAGAAAGGAAGCUCCGUCGGCAAGUCGGGAGACUGGCUCAUUCCUCAUAUGCAGAGUUCGUAUAUCCUGUAUAAAGAGCCAUGUGUAACCAACUUGUUCUACAUACUGUACAGUAGUGUAUGUGCAAGCCCAUGUCUCCAGUCAUGUACAGGUUCCUUAUCUAACCCCUCUAUAAACCCAUGUGUCUCAAGCCCAGAUUAUUUGUCUGACCCUUUGCACUUUUUUUUUAAAAUUCACUGGUGGUAAAAAAUAAAUUUUCCAUAAAGUGAUAUUAAAAAAUGAAUAAGAACUUUUGUUACUGCCCCCCCCCCCCAAAAUGUUUUCAAAAGUUUUUUUUUUUUUUUUUUUUUUAAUUUUUUUGUAUACCCUGAACUCAUUAUGUGCUGUACUUCCCGUGUCAGGGCAAUGCUUUUCCCAGCUGGUUUAGGUUAGGGCACCAUUAGUGCUGAAUAAGGCAGAGAGGGCCUAUACCAAGGACACCUGAAGUUGUUGGAUAUAACAGUAUUCAGAGCAGUCAGGGGAUGCCAGGAGUUGCAGUUCAACAGCUGGAAGGUUGCAGGUUGAACAUCCUGGCGUUUUAAGCGCCAGUUAACCAUGUAAAAUAAAAAAUGAAAUGUA